AGCUCUCUCCUCAUGCCCAGGUGAGGCCUAGCCUCAACCCACAUCAUCCUCCAGAUUUCUUCACUUCCUCUGCUGAGAAGGAAAAAUCAGUCUCUCUCCUUUCUUCCUCUCUUUAUUAAGAGUUAAGGGCUCAAAUUCGUGUAGGCGGCUUCUCAAUCCAUGGCGUCUUCCAAGAAAGAUUUAGAUCGGAUCAAGGGUCCUUGGAGCCCCGAGGAAGACGAAGCGUUGCAGAGACUGGUGCAGAAGCACGGCCCUAGGAACUGGUCUUUGAUCAGCAAAUCCAUCCCUGGGCGGUCCGGCAAGUCUUGCCGGCUGCGUUGGUGUAACCAGCUCUCUCCGCAGGUGGAGCACCGCGCCUUUACGCCGGAGGAGGACGCGACCAUCAUUAGGGCCCAUGCGAGGUUCGGGAACAAAUGGGCGACGAUUGCUCGUCUCCUCGUUGGUCGCACGGAUAACGCCAUAAAGAACCACUGGAAUUCAACUUUGAAGCGGAAAUGCUCGUCUAUAACGGAGGACAUGAUCGCCGAUGGGCAUGCACAACCGCCUCUUAAGAGAUCGGCUAGUGUGGGUGCAGGCACAACGGUUUCGGGUCAUAAUCUUAGCCCAAGUAGUCCUUCGGGGUCCGACUUCAGUGAUUCCAGUGCUCCUGGCAUGGCUUCAUCGCUUGUUUAUAGACCAGUGCCGAGAACCGGUCCCAUAGUUCUACCUACUCAGAAAAUCGAGGCCUCCUCAUCGACGAACGAUCCCCCAACAUCCCUCAGUCUCUCUCUCCCUGGAUCCGACUCUUGCGAAGUGUCAAAUCAUUUAUCAGGAUCCGAUCAUGUUAAAAUCCAAAACCAGAUUCUCCAAUCACCGGCGAUACCGCCUGUACAGCUGCAACAAAACCCUGGAUCCCCACGAAACAUCCAGAACUGUGAGUUGGGUUUAGGUAUGUCGGAGAAACCUUUCUUCACCCCCGAAUUCUUGGCUGUGAUGCAAGAAAUGAUCAGAAAGGAAGUGAGGAACUACAUGUCGGGCAUGGAGCAAAAUGGUCUGUGUUUGCAGACUGAAGCUAUUUGGAACGCAGUGAUGAAGCGUAUCGGAAUUGGCAAAAUCGAGUAGAGGAAGGAACAACCUACCUAUGGUUGCAGCGAUGAGUCGACUCGGAGGGAAUCGGGAUAUUUAAAAAACAAGCUGUGUUUUUUUGAAAUCUUGUUCCCUUUUUUUUUUUUUUUUUUCCUUCUUAAAUACAAAUAAUUUUGGUAGUGUACAGUGGAAAAGACGGGGAAGGAAGAAAAUCUAGACGGUUUGUUAAUGAGAGGAAUGAGCUUAUGGUGGUUGGUGGUAGAAUCUGAGAAGCAACCGCCUUUUCAAUAGAAAAUCGAAAAAUGGGGAAAAAUGAAAUUCGGUGACGACUUUUUUUCCCGGGAAAGCAUGCUUAUAUCUUUGUGCCCAAAACACAGCAAUUCAGGUAACUAAAUGCGGAACCUGUUGAAAACUAAAACUAAAACUAAAGAUCUGGUUAGUAUCUACAGUGAUGGGAGGAGCUGUGUUGUAGCCGUCGAUGGCAUGUGGCCCCCACUUGUUGGGAUGGGGCCUGGCUUAUUAGGCGGACGGUGCAAAUGCAAGGGGGGGUCGGUCAUUCGGUGGGUAGCUGGACAUCACUUACGACUUCUCUUAGUUGAUUGUUGUGUUUUCUAGUUUUUGAAAAACAAAUUUCCCAGAAAUUGUUGGAACUUUUGGCAGACAGAAAGGACACAACCGUUUCUGUUGGUA